AUGAACUCCACCCCGAUAUCAUCGCUCGUAUGGACCCUCGACCCUCAGAGGAACGCGACCUUCCCCGAGAUCAUCAUCUCGCCCCAAGUCCUCAUCAACUGCCGCGGCGGCGGCAGCUGCGAGGGCGGCAACCCCGCGGCGGCGUACGAGUACAUCGCGUCGCGCGGUCUCCCAGACGAGACGUGCCAGAACUACGAGGCCGUCGACGGGAAGUGCGAUCCGUACGGGCGGUGCGAGACGUGCGAGCCCGGGACGGACCCGGCGCCGUUUCUUCCCGGGACGUGCGCGCCCGUGGUUUCGUAUACCAAGUACACCGUGGGCGACUUCGGCGACUUCGCCGAGGACGACCACGACGCGACCGGCCGCGUCACGACGCGCGCGGAGCGCAUCAAGGCGGAGAUCGCGACGCGAGGGCCGAUCUCGUGCGGGAUCCACGUCACGGACGGGUUCGAGGCGUACGCGGGUGGGAUCUACUCCGAGAGGAAGUGGACGCCGUACUUCCCGAACCACGAGCUGUCGCUCGUCGGCUACGGCGUCGACGACGACUCGGGCGAGGAGUAUUGGAUCGGACGGAACUCGUGGGGGACGUACUGGGGCGAGGGCGGGUUCUUCCGAAUCAAGAUGCACGGCCAAAACCUCGGGAUCGAGACGGACUGCACGUGGGGCGUCCCGAAGGAGAUGGAGACGCGCGCGCCUACGACGCCGCCGAACCCGCCGAAAACGCCGACGACGGAGAAGAAGAGAUCCUACAAGACGAACCCCGCGGUAAAAAAAGGGACGCACCACGACUACGUCACCCCGUGCGCGCGUCGCUCUCCGGUCCUGAUCGAGACGUCCGUGAAGACGCCGGAGCCGCACGAGACUAUCGGCGUCGCCGACCUCCCAGCGUCGUACGACGUGCGCGACGUACUCGGCGGCGUCAGCCUCGCGUCCAUCAACCGCAACCAGCACAUCCCGCAGUACUGCGGCUCGUGCUGGGCGCACGGGACGACGUCCGCGAUGUCCGAUCGACUCGCGCUGAUGCGCGACGGCGCGUUCCCGGAGAUCGACCUCAGUCCUCAGGUGCUCGUAGACUGCGUCACCGGCGGCGGCACGCAGGGAUGCUCCGGCGGCGACCCCACGGCGGCGUAUCAGUGGAUCUUACAAAACGGCGUCACCGACGAGACGUGCCAAAACUACCAAGCCAAGGACAUGGCGUGCAGCGCGAUGCACAAGUGUCAGACGUGCGAUCCGCCGUUCGCGGCGAACAACAAGGGGUGUUACGCGAUCGAGGAGCCCGCGGCGAGGGUGUAUCACAUCAGCGAGCACGGCACGGUGUCCGGCGAAGAGAAGAUGAUGGCUGAGAUCGCGACGCGAGGACCGAUCGCGUGCGGCCUCUGCGUCACCCCCGAGUUCGAAGCCUACGCCGGCGGCGUGUUCGAGGACACGACCGGGUGCACGCAAGAGGAUCACAUCAUCUCCAUCGCGGGGUACGGAACGACGGAGGACGGGACGAAGUACUGGAUCGGUCGGAACUCGUGGGGGACGUACUGGGGCGAGUCCGGCUGGUUCAAGAUUAUCCGCGGCGUGGACAACCUCGGCGUGGAGGAUAACUGCGACUGGGCGGUGCCGAUCGUGCCGGAGACGAACCAAGGGAUCGGUGGACGGGACCGAGGAGAAUGAAACGCGACGAACGAACGAUCGAUCGAACGAACGAACGAACGAAGAGACGACGACGACUGUAUGAUACGACGACGAAGCACGCACCGCGUCGCGACGACGAUGAUGUAAAACCAUUUCAUUUUUUUGAAGUC